GAUAUCAAGAAAUUGACCAAGGACGUCAAGAAGUGGAUUGUUGUGAAUCUCGCGAAUCUCGAAGACUAUGAGAUCACUCACUUGAUCGAUACGCUCAAGAAGUACGGCCAACAGAUCGGUAUGAAUAUCAACGAACCCAUCUGUCGCGUCAAAAUGAGUUACCAGAGGGGACUCCUCAAGGAGAAGCUCUUCGAUAGGGCCGAAGAGAAGUACGGAUUCGUGAAUCUGUUCGUCUUCUUAGGCAUCGAAUCAGACGAAUGCUAUUAUGAGAUGAAGAAGUGCGGAGACAUCGACAUCGGACCACUCAAUGCAUUCGUAAGCAUAACGUCC